AUGGAGGAGGAGCUGCAGUUGGGGGGCUCUGAGAAAAGGGAUCGCCCCUUCCUCAUCUCACCUCUCCUUCGCGCUGGAGACCCUCCCAGCGCCGCCUCGCCGGGCCCAGAGAUCCUGAUCAAGGUGCAGGUGUAUGUGAGCGGGGAGCUGGUGCCCCUGGCCCGGGCCUCCGUGGAUGUGUUUGCAAACCGGACCCUGCUGGCUGCUGGUACCACAGACUCAGAGGGUGUGGCCACACUGCCCCUCAGUUACCGCUUGGGCACCUGGGUGCUGGUCACUGCUGCCCGCCCUGGCUUCCUCACCAACUCUGUGCCCUGGCGUGUUGACAAGCUGCCCUUGUAUGCAUCUGUCAGCCUCUACUUGCUCCCUGAGCGGCCAGCCACCCUCAUCCUCUAUGAGGACCUUGUGCACAUCCUCCUAGGCUCUCCUGGUUCCCGCUCCCAGCCCUGGGUGCAGUUCCAGCGCCGAGCUGCCCGCCUGCCUGUCAGCUCCACCUACAGCCAGCUCUGGGCCUCGCUCACACCUGCUAGCACACAGCAAGAAAUGCGGGCAUUCCCUGCCUUCCUGGGCACUGAGGCCUCCAGCUCAGGCAACGGCUCCUGGCUGGAGCUGAUGCCCCUGGCUGCCGUAAGCGUGCACCUGUUCACAGGCAAUGGGACAGAGGUGCCACUCUCAGGCCCCAUUCACCUGUCCCUGCCUGUGCCCUCAGAGACUCGUGCCCUCACUGUGGGCACCAGCAUUCCAGCCUGGAGGUUUGACCCCAAGAGUGGGCUGUGGGUGCGCAAUGGCACUGGUGUGAUCCGCAAGGAAGGCCGGCAGUUCUUCUGGACCUUUGUCUCCCCCCAGCUGGGCUACUGGGUGGCUGCCAUGGCCUCCCCCACGGCUGGGCUGGUCACCAUCACGUCGGGUAUCCAGGACAUUGGAACCUACCACACCAUCUUCCUGCUCACCAUCCUGGCUUCUUUGGCCCUGCUGGUGCUCAUUCUGCUAUGUCUGCUCAUCUACUACUGCCGGAGGCGCUGCCUGAAGCCAAGGCAACAGCACCGAAAGCUGCAGCUUUCCGGGCCCUCUGACGGUAACAGACGAGACCAGGCCACCUCGAUGUCCCAGCUCCACCUUAUCUGUGGCGGACCCCUGGAUCCCGCCCCAUCGGGGGACCCCGAGGCUCCGCCUCCAGGCCCCCUCCACUCGGCCUUCUCCAGCUCCCGGGACUUGGCCGCCUCCCGGGACGACUUCUUCCGCGCCAAGCCACGCUCUGCCGGCCGCCCGGCCGCCGAGCCUUCUGGUGCCCGCGGGGGCGAGGGUGCCGGGCUCAAGGGCGCCCGCUCAGUCGAGGGUCCCGGCGGGCUGGAGCCCGGCCUAGAGGAGUACCGGCGGGGGCCCUCGGGGGCCGCGUUCCUGCACGAGCCGCCCUCGGCCUGCGCCAGCGAGCUGCGGCGCGACUCGCUCACCAGCCCGGAGGACGAGCUGGGGGCGGAGGUGGGCGACGAGGCGGGCGACAAGAAGAGCCCGUGGCAGCGGCGGGAGGAGAGGCCGCUUAUGGUGUUCAACGUCAAGUAG